AUGACAUUUGUUAUUGCACGACUCCUCCUCAACGACAACAACAUAAUGCCUCUGCGGACACAUCCAAACCGAAACUCAACUGUUCCCAAAUGGGUUCAUGAAGCAGUUAAACCUAUAGUGAAGGCUCUGGAGAAAUAUAUCCCACAGCCCUAUGCUGGAGAAAUACAGGGCAUGGCAUCCUUCUAUGGCACUGACAUUGUAGAUAUUGUGCUGUUGAACUUUGCCUAUGAAGUAUCUGCCUUUUGCACCAGUAUUGUAACUCAGGAUUCAAAGGGCAAUAUUUACCAUGGCAGAAACCUGGAUUAUCCCCACGGUGUGCUCAGAAAUCUUACUCUAGACAUACUUUUUAUUAAAAAUGGAAAGGUGGCAUACAGAGGAACCAGUUUUGCUGGUUAUGUUGGGCUGUGGACAGGACAAAGCCCCAACAAGUUUACAGUGUCUGGCAACGAACGCAAUAAGGGACAUUGGUGGGAGAAUGUAAUUUCAGCAGUUUUAUUAAAAAGUUCUCCAGUUAGCUGGUUAGUGCGAGAGACUCUUGAAGCAGCUGUGGAUUUCCAGGAUGCAGUAGUGAGACUGGCCAAGGUGCCGAUCAUCACAGAUGUCUAUUACAUUUUGGGUGGUGUUCAUGCCGGUGAGGGUGUGGUCAUCACCAGAGACCGGAGCGGGUCAGCUGACAUCUGGCCUCUGGAUCCACUUCACGGAAACUGGUAUAGAGUUGAAACCAAUUAUGACCACUGGCUUCCCGCCCCUAAACAGGAUGACCGAAGAGAUGUGGCCAUGAAAGCAUUGAAUGCCACUGGUCAAAACCAUAUUAGUAUGGAUUCUCUGUAUAAGGUUUUAUCCAUGAAUCCAGUAUGUAAUUGGAUCACUGUUUAUACAACCGUCAUGAGUGCCGGCACUCCUGAGAAGUACACAACAGUUGUCAGAGAUAUGUGUGUGUGUGAUGGAAUGAGCCGUUCUCUUGACCAGCUCAGCCAGAAUUUUUACCCAGCUUAGUUCUGAACUGCCCAACAAAUUCUGCUUCUCUUCUGCAUUUUGACAAUGGAAAUGAGUUGUAUUUUAAUAUCUGAAAAGUAGGGCUGCUCGAUAUUGGAAAAAAACUGACAUUUUUCUGUGAUAUAGCCUAUAGCCUAUUGCAAUAGGAAAGGUAUAUAUUUUUCAUCAAAUUACUUAAAUAGGUGUAUUUGGAAAGAAUUCCAGCAUGACUGCAAAUAUAUCACUGAUUUUAAUAACUGUUCAAUAAACAAGAAGUUAAUAUUAAGUGACUUACAUUUUAGAAAUAACACAGCUUUUGCUCUG